ACACACACACACACACACGCACGAGCUCCUGCUAAAGACGAUCGCAAGCGGCAGCCCCUCGCCGUGUCUGUCAGCACAAAGUAGCCCAACAGCGCAGUGAUUCCCUCCCUCUCUGGCCCUGCAGAAAUAAGACACUGAGGUUUGAUUACUCCACCCCCACUGAUCUUUAGGCUUUCUUUACUUUAUACAUUGCUCUCACUCCCCCAUUCUGUGUUCCCCUCCCUAGGUCAUGCACUUUUUUCUCUCUUCCUUUUUUUUAACUAAAUGCAAACUUUUUUGCUGGACUGUUUCUACAGCUGAAUACAAGCUUCAGCGACUUAUUUUUUGUUCUCCCAUUUGCUUUUUUUUCCUGGAUGGUGUUUUUAACAAUUAAAACAUGUUACGCAUCCAGGAGCGCUGGAGUUCCUUUCUACUGAAGUCUAUCUGCUUUUUGGCAAUCAGCCAUGCUAAUUCCCUUCAGCUGGGUAAUUACCAUUUUCCAGACCAGGAGCAAGGAGAUUUCCUCAAGAAUCAUGAAGAAUAUGGAGUAGUAUAUCCAACAAAAGUUGGUUCACAAGGAGAAUUUUUGUCACAUAUUCUGCCCCAUCAUGUAAGGACAAAGAGAAACAUUGAAACAAACCUUAAUCGUGUUUAUUACAAUGUAAACUACAAAGGGAAAGAUCUAUUUCUCAAUCUUACAGUAAACCACAAUUUAAUAUCUAGUAACUAUGUCCUCGAGAGGAGAUCUGGAAGCCUGCAUGAUGCUAAGAUGCAGCCCAGAAAUCAUCAUUCCUGUUACCUCAUUGGCACUGUGACAGAUGCCCACCUAACAAAUGGACCUGCAGCUCUGAGCACCUGCACUGGGCUGAAUGGAUACUUGAGAUUGUCUGAUGGAAACUAUUUUAUUGAACCACUGAAAAGUUACAAUACAGAACAAGAUGGCCCGCACCCACAUGUCCUUUACAAACAGAAUUUUACUCUUCCAACUUCCAGGCAGAAGCGUGACGUUGACUCAAAAAGAGGAUUGAAAUGUGGAUUAAAAGAUACCAUCAACAAAGCAGAAGAACAAAGGGAAGCCUGGGAAAGGAAACAUUUUAAAAGAAAACAUCUUUCUCGACGCUCAGUCAGCAAGGAGCGAUGGGUAGAAACCUUGGUGGUUGCAGAUCCGAAAAUGAUAGAAUAUCAUGGGAGUGAAAAUGUUGAAUCCUAUAUCUUCACAAUCAUGAACAUGGUUGCUGGGAUAUUUCACGAUCCAAGCAUUGGGAAUGCUAUUCACAUUGUGGUUGUGAGGCUUAUUCUGCUAGAGAAGGAGGAGAAUGGCCUUAAGAUUGUCCACCAUGCAGACAACACCCUGUCAAGUUUUUGCAAAUGGCAAAGGAACAUCAAUCCUAAAAACGACACUCAUCCAGCCCACCACGAUGUUGCAAUACUAAUAACCAGAACAGAUCUGUGUGCAGGAAUGAAUCAGCCAUGUGAGACUUUGGGUCUUUCUCAUCUUUCAGGGAUGUGUCAGCCCCAUAAGAGUUGUAACAUUAAUGAGGAUUCAGGACUCCCUGUUGCAUUCACGAUAUCACAUGAACUUGGUCACAGCUUUGGCGUAUAUCAUGAUGGCCAGGGAAAUGACUGUGACCCAGUUGCCAAGCAGUACUUUAUUAUGUCGAGACAACUUCAGUAUGACGCAUCACCUUUGAAAUGGUCAAAAUGUAGCAAGGAGUACAUUACACGUUUUCUUGAUCGUGGAUGGGGUGCCUGUUUAGACGAUCGUCCAUCAAAAAAGGACCUAACCAUCCCAAUUGUCGCCCCAGGAGUCCUCUAUGAUAUUCAUCACCAGUGCCAGCUACAAUAUGGCCCCAAUGCCACCUUUUGUGAUGAAGUUGAGAAUGUUUGUCAAACCCUUUGGUGCUCAGUGAGAGGAUCGUGUCGUUCAAAGUUGGAUUCAGCAGUAGAUGGGACCAGAUGCGGGGAAAACAAGUGGUGUAUUUUUGGAGAAUGCGUUGCAGUCGGUAAGCGAUCUGAUACUGUGAAUGGCAAUUGGGGCGAGUGGAGCUCCUGGUCACACUGUACACGGACCUGUGGAAGUGGAAUUCAGAGCGCGGAGAGGUUGUGCAACAAUCCUAGCCCUCAGUUUGGUGGUAAAUACUGCACAGGUGAGCGCAGGCGAUACCGAAUUUGCAAUCCCAAAGACUGUGAAGAGGACAAACCAAGUUUCAGGGAAAUGCAGUGCAGUGAAUUUAACACUGUGCCAUACCGGAAUGAACUUCAUGAAUGGAUUCCUAUUUUUAACAGUGAAUAUCCCUGUGAACUCCAUUGUCAGCCAAAGGCUGGAAAAUUUUCUGAAAAAAUGCUGGAUGCUGUAAUUGAUGGGACUCCAUGUUUCACGGCCAACAAAAACAGAAACAUCUGCGUGAAUGGAGUUUGUAAGGCUGUAGGCUGUGACCAUGCAAUCGAUUCCAAUGCUGUUGAGGAUCAGUGUGGGGUCUGCCUUGGAGAUGGAUCUACUUGUCAGACUGUGAAAAAGUUGUUUGACCAGAAGGAAGGCACAGGGUAUGUUGAUGUUGCCUUCAUCCCGAAAGGUGCAAGACAUAUAACUGUUAGGGAAAUUGGAGAAGCAGGAAACUUUCUGGCAAUGCGUGGAGAAGACCAAGAAGUAUAUCACCUGAAUGGACAUUUCAUUAUUCAGUGGAAUGGAGAAUACAAGAUGGCUGGAACUUCUUUCCUUUAUGAGCGAAAUGGAGACCUGGAGAAUCUGACAUCACCUGGACCAGUAAAUGAACCAAUAUAUAUACAGCUUCUUUUUCAAGAGCAAAACCCAGGAGUGGAAUAUGAAUACACUAUUAAAAAGACCAAUGGAAAUGAAAUUGUGGAACCGGAAUACAUUUGGAAGCUCGGUGCUUGGACGGACUGCUCUGCCACUUGUGGAACAGGAGUUCAACACCAGCCUGCAAGAUGCAUAGAGAAGGGAAAUGGAGUUGUAGAAGAAAGUUAUUGCAAUCCCCAGCUACGACCAGAAGACAAGCAAAAGAAGUGUAAAAAUCAAGACUGUCCUGCAAGAUGGUGGGUUGGUGAAUGGCAAGCAUGUUCAGCCACUUGUGGGCAGACAGGUCUCAAAAAACGUACUGUUUUGUGCAUUCGAACUGUGGAGGAAGAAGAACAGACUCUACCCUUUUCAGAAUGCAGACAUCUUCUAAAGCCAAAGUUCCAGGUUCCCUGCAAUAGAGAUGUGCUCUGUGGUCCAAAAUGGAUUGUGGGUAAUUGGACUGAGUGUUCAGUCUCAUGUGGUGGAGGAGUUAGGACAAGGAGGAUUAUCUGUGCAGGAACUCCCAAAGGGGCCUGUGAUAUGGCUAAGAAGCCAUAUUCCAAAUCUCUCUGCGGGCUUCAAAGCUGUCCUUUCCAUAAAAAGGAGUUGCAUUCACAGUACCCAAAGAUCAGACGAUUGUUUAAUCCAUCCAAAAAAAUAACUGGCGGUCCUGUGCGGAAUAUGCCUUUGCCCAAAAGAAUAAAGAAUGUGACAGUCCCACCAACUUACUCACAGACAUUUUGGACAACUGUUUUGCCAAGUACACUGGUAACUCCGUCAAGCACAAGUUCCAUCGUGGAAGAAGACAAGAAUAAUGAAUAUUACAAUGAACACUUAAUCCCAGUAAAUAAUUCCAAAAAAUCUUUAUCAAAUGACUACGAAAAAAGUAAGGAGACUGUAAAAGAUAAUUUCCUUUUAGGUGAAGAACAUGGGAGCACUCCAGAUAGUCAAGCUGAUACCAUUAAUAAAAAAAAUAUCAGGCUUACUACAGGAUAUGACUAUUUGACUGAUGACUCCACGCCAGUGUCUGAAGAAAUUUCAGAAUUUCCCACAGAAAUUUAUCCCACAUCAACCAAUUCAACAUUGCCUUCAAUGAGCAACAGUUCUGCCAGUUUCAAAUCUAAAGUGAAUCGCCCAACGGAGAGACCUGUCCUUAAGGAGAAUGACAGCUGGCACAUUUAUACAAAUACAGAAACACCUAAAACUACACAGUUAGUUCACCCGGACAGCAAACUACCCAUCUUUAGGAAAAAUAUUAACCCCUACAAUAUAACAACAGAAUUUCCAAAACUUGACAUCUUCAAAAGCAAUCUCAAGAAGACUGUAAACCGGGGUUCAAAUACUUGUACCACAGAAAUGCCAGGAAGCUAUGGUCCUGAUCAAGAAAAUUCUUUUACCGCCACACCAGACAAUGAACACUUCUCCAACAAUCCUCAUUCUAACAAUGCUGUGCAUUGGGUAACUGGGAACUGGAGUCAGUGCUCAACAACCUGUGGACUAGGAGCCAUUUGGAGAAGAGUUGAGUGCAGUACUGGCAAAGAAACCGACUGUAAAAAUAUCAAACGCCCUGAUCCUGCCAGAAGAUGUCAUCUUCAGCUAUGCACAAUCUGGAAGAAUGGGAACUGGAGCAAGUGUUCUGAAACAUGCAGUGGCGGCACACAAAUCCGUGAAGUACAGUGCAUUGAUGCUCAGUCAAAACGACACCUUCGGCCAUUUCACUGCCAGGCACUUGGAAUGAAGCCCCCUACCGUCCUGUCCUGCAAUAGUGAAGCUUGUUUGGAAUGGUACCAGACACCUUGGAGUGUGUGUUCAAAGACCUGUGGUGUCGGCUUUCGCGAAAGGCUUGUCUACUGUCCUCAGUAUAAUCGGUGCAAUGGCAAACAACGGCCAAACAGCACAGAGCCUUGUAAUGAACAGCCUUGUACGCGGUGGGUCAUGGAUUCGUGGAAAGAGUGCUCUGUCUCUUGUGGUGGCGGUGUAGAACACAGAGAUGUGAUGUGCAUAGAUGAAGAAAGUAACAAAGCAGUAGAUAACAGCCUUUGUGACAAGACAAAGAAACCUAACGAAUUCCAGGACUGCAAUCUUCAGAAAUGUGAAAAACGUGCAAAUGCCUCCUGCCGGAAAGACAGCAUGUCACCCAAAUUUUGUGAGAAACUCAAACUGCUGGGAAGAUGUUCUUUGACAAGCAUUCAAAAACAAUGUUGCAUGACUUGCUUUGGAUAAUCUCAAUGACAGUGAAGUGCACAAAAAAAGAAAGAAAAACAUGGAAGUCGAUCUCAACUACUACUUUUUGAAGAAACUUUUACUAUUUCAUAAAAUGACUUGAAUUUCAGUCUGGGCACUGAAGGCUUUACCUCUUUUCACUAUAAGGUUUCUAUUUUUUACAAGUUUUACAAGUUUCUAAUUUUGGCUUAUGCACAUUGUUACAAUAUUAUGGUUUGAAUUCAACCUGGCUCGUUCACUUUAUGUAAUUACCAGAUAAGCAAUCGAGUACAACUCACCCAUAGAUCUUUUUCUUAGCCCCUUAAGUAAAUACACUUUUAAAAAGCAUAAUGAGGAUAAUAUUCUGUUUUCCAGCUGGGAUCUGUAAUGUAUGCCUGUUUAAAGUUCAACUGUGUUUAUCAACUAAAAAAAAAUCUUCAGAGACAUAUCCCUAGGAAUAGUACAAUUUAAAAACCAAAGAAAACUAAACCUUAUUUAAAAUGUAUGAUCCAUCCAUCUGCUAUCAAACCCACUUAAUCCCAGAAUGUGCAUAUUAUAUAGCGUGAAGCUAAGACGUGAAGGACAUGAAAAAGUGUUAGGGUCCCAAAGAGAAAACCCCAUUUAAUUAAAGCUGCAGGUGAAAGAGUUGGUGGAUGCCAUAGCACACCACAAACAAUGCAUUAUUUUUAUUAAUCAAAAUGUUCUUCAGGCACCUCCAGGGUGUAUGUGGAGAACUUUUUAUAAAGGUGUUACAAUGGAUGUGGAUGAAAAUUGAAAUAAGGCAGAGUCGUACUGAGAAUUAGUUGCCUUGUUUUGGGUCAAUGCCAUUGGUGUGGGGGGAAUUAGACAGACGUGUAAUUAAUGUGGCUUCUCUUGACAUCUCAUCAAUGUGUGCCCUCCUUGUGAUGGUCUGACCAUGCAGUAAGGUGUAGGCUGACUAGACAGCUCAGCUGAUAUCACCAGGCAGCUCACCACUUGCACAGUAUCUGUGCGGUCGAGGCCAGAAAUCCCCUUUAGCUGAAAGUGUAGACUGGCUGCUUCUGAGGAUCACUGUAAUCCAGACGUGGCUCAUGGUGUGAAUACACUCCAAUACAUCUCUUUAUUUUAGCCACUUUACGCACAGCCAUAGGAUCAUACCCUUCAACACCAGCUAAACUACCAACUCUAAAUUUGCUCAAUCUGAGUAGAUAAGUGUUUUCCCACUGCACAAACUUAGUUUUCAGGAAUCAAUGUGUUCCCAUAUGAUGUAGGCCGUGAGCCACUUGUUGUUCUUGGCUACUUUUGUGAGUUGCAUUUCUAGCACACAACAGGAAUUGUAACCUUUAUGUAAAAUAUCUUACAUGUAAAGAAGGGUAAUGUGUUUCAAAGUGAGGUGCAUUCGUGAGUUCAUUGCUUUGACAUGUUCUGGACUUCAAUGCUGGGGGGGUGAUUAUUGCUUUAAUACUGUACCUGGUGCAGUGUGUCAGGGAAGCAGCUAUGAAGAGUAUCGUGGUGCAAUUGGAAGUUCACAGGGGAUGAUUGUGAUUUCACAGGGAAGUUUAUUGCCACUUUUAUAGCUGCAUUCCUAGCACACAACAGGAACUGUAACCUUAAUGCAAAAUAUCUUGCAUGUUAAGAAGGGUAAUGCGGUGCAAAGUAAGGUGCGUUCAUAAGUUCAUUGCGUUAACAUGCCUUCUAGACUUCAUAGGGGAGAUUACUGUGUCGAUGUGGGGGCAUGGCACAACGCACCAGGGAGGUGGCUAUGAAAAGUGAUUCUCCAUCCUCACUGUUAACUCUCCAAAGUCCAAAUUAUUAACAGAUUUGUAACCAGUGCUUGUGGUCAACCCAUUAGCACAAUUCAUUGCCACAGCCCCAUUUGCUAUAGUUCCUGGUAGAACAAAAAGUACCAGGAACUACAAAUUACUCACAUUCCUCUGAUGGAAAUGUUACAAAAGUUCCUGAGUUUCUAAAAAGUCCCUGGUUGCUGAAAUAAAGUUACUGUGGUGGGAAAGUACCUAAUAGGCAUCUAUGCAAUAUACAGAAGACUAAUAUCCCAGGGUUAGCUCUUGUCUUGUGCAUCAUGUUUUCAUAUUAUUGCUCCAUUAUUCUAAACUAGAUAGAUAGAUAGAUAGAUAGAUAGAUAGAUAGAUAGAUAGAUAGAUAGAUAGAUAUUUUUUAAUACCCAAAGGGAAAUUCACUUGAAUGAAUUUCUAUUAGCAGCUCUACCUUAUUGAUGGUCAUAAUAAGGAUUUCUAGUAACACAUU